GCCAGGAGGUGGGCGUAGCCGGACCCCGCCUGCGCCCCAGGGGCUGCCUCCUCUCCCAGAGCUGAAGAGUGAGACAUUGUCUCAUGUAGUUCCUCCUGUGGGCGUUUGGAGUCAAGAAGUCAAUCGUUCUGAUAACUACAGAUUGGAUUCCUAAAGCUGCAAGGAAAAAAAAAGAACAAUUUUCAGCAGUCAUCGACAUCAGAGCUGCCCGUUCCAAUAGAUUGUGAAGAGUGUAUUACUUCAGCCUUCUUUGAUUCCUCUUCAUCUUCCUGGAGAAUUGUAAUGUUGGUAAUUGAUUUCUCACUGAAGGAGCAAAAGACUGCAUCCAGCACUUUACAGAUGGCAGAAGUGAAGUCGAUGUUCCGAGAAGUCCUUCCAAAACAAGGGCAGUUGUCUGUGGAAGAUGUAACCACAAUGGUGCUGUGUAAACCCAAGCUCUUGCCCUUAAAAUCUCUGACGCUGGAAAAACUGGAGAAAAUGCAGCAAGCAGCACAGGAUACAGUCCGUCAACAAGAAAUGGCAGAAAAGACAACCGGCAAAUAAGCCACUAAUUACUACCACUGUAGGGGACGCCCCAUCUUAACCCCUAACUGUUCAGUCACUAGAAACUAUUCUGCAUCUGUAGGCUAGAAAUACUUAAGCUGGACAUUCAACAUUUUAAAACACAAAAUUUGGGCGUUUAAACAUUGGUUUGUGUUAAAAGGAAAACUUUGAACCAAGUUUUAUGGAAUUUUGAAAGUUUUUAAAUUAUAAAUUUCUCACUUUCUCAGUUUAUUUACCAUAACUAUUGUUAUGAAUGUAAGACAUUAAAUGCAUCUUUUAUGGAUGAAGGAUUUAUUAGAAACAUGAAUCUGAAAAUAAACUUUAAUGUGAA